CCUUUCCCAUUCCCAUCCCAUCCCAUUCCCAUCCCAUCCCAUUCCCGUUCCCAUUCCCAUUCCACAGGGUCAGGCACACCCCCGCUCCCCAUGGAUCCCCAGGCCGUGGCACACUCACAUUUUGGGGAGGUCUCUGCCCCCAGAUUCCCCCUCCAGCCGGGAUUUGGGAUAUUUCUGGGAUGUUUGGGAUUUUUUCCUUGCCAGCCCAGUGCAGGGCCAGAGUCCCUAAGGAUGAAUGGCUCCGAGCUGGCCAGCACCACGGCGUCCAACCCCAAAUCCAAGGAGGAUCCGGUUGGGAAUGGGCACGAGGAGAAGGAGAACAACCCCUUCGCUGAGUACAUGUGGAUGGAGAACGAGGAGGACUUCAACCGGCAGGUGGAGGAGGAGCUGCAGGAGCAGGAAUUCCUGGAUCGCUGCUUCCAGGAGAUGCUGGAGGAGGAGGACCAGGAUUGGUUCAUCCCGGCGCGGGAUCUUCCCCAGGGAAUGGGGCAGCUCCAGCAGCAGCUCCACGGCCUCUCCGUGGGCGACGGACACGGAUCCGAGGACAUCCUGAGCAAAAGCAACUUGAAUCCAGAUGCCAAGGAGUUCGUUCCCGGAGUGAAAUACUGACCUCGGAAAUUCGGGAAUGGCCUGGCCAGAGACUGAUUCCCUGCUCCAGGGAAAAGUUGGGACAUGGGAAGAGCCCGGAGCGGCUCCAGCACCGGGAUCUGCUCCAGCUCCAAGUAUUUUUGGUUUUCCCUUUUUUUUUUUCUUUUUUUUUCUUCCUGGCUUUUCCUCACUUUUUCUUGGCAGUUUUUGGCUUCCUGGGAUUUGUGGCGACCCCGCCAGUGGGAAAAUCUUGGAAAAAAUCAUGGAAAAAUCACGGGAAAAUCUUGGGGAAAAUCAUGAAAAAAUCACUGAAAAAUCAUGGAAAAUCUUGGGGAAAAUCAUGGGAAAUCAGUCAUGGGAAAAUCACAGAAAAAUCAUGGAAAGCCAAUCAUGGGAAAAUCAGGUUUUUCUGCUUUCGGAGGAUUUUUAGGGUUGGGACUGGUUUUUCCCUGAUUUUCUGGAAUGGAAUUUUCCCUGAUUUUUCUGGAAUGGGAUUUUUCCUGCUGGAAGUGAAGGGUUCCAAGGUGCAAUCCCGAAAUUCCUCCAUAUGGAAGCUGAGCAGGGGGAUCCUGCCAAUUCCAGAGGUUUUUAGGGAAACCUGGAUUUCCCCAAAUUCCUCUUCCCCUUAAGGAAUUCCUCAGCUUAUCCAACACUACAGCCCUAAUUCCUCACGGGUGAAAAUCCAAGGGAAACUGAAUUCCUGGGAAAAGAGAGGGGUCCUCUGUUGGGAUGAGGGAUGUUUUGGGAUGUGGUGGGAAUAUCCUGGUGCUGAUCCCUUUUCCAAGGAUCCUGGAGUGGGAUCCGUGUCUCCAUCAGAAUUUGAUCCCGGGAAUUUCCUUCCCCAUCCAUGGGAGCUGCAGCUCCCUAAAUCCUGGCCACUCCCAAGGUUCUAAAAGGCUCAGAAAUCCAAGGAAAUCAGGAGCUCCUUGGGGCUGGGAAUCCUUGUCCAAGGAAAUCGGGAACUUCCUGGAAUUGGAAAUCCCUGUCCAAGGAGAGCAGGAGCUUCCCAAGGUCAGAAACCCUAUCCAGGGAAAUCAGGAAUUUUUGGGAUUGGAAAUCCCUAUCCAGGGAAAUCAGGAACUUUUUGGGAUUGGAAAUCCCUCUCCAGGAAAAGUGGGAGCUUCCCAAGGUCAGAAAGCCCUAUCCAAGGAAAUCAGGAGUUCCUUGGGAUUGGGAAUCCCUAUCCAAGGAAAUCAGGAACAUCCCAAGUUUAGAAACACUAUCCAGGGAAACCAGGAACUUCCUGGAACUGGGAAUCCCUAUCCAGAGAAAGUGGGAGCUCUUUGGGAUUGGAAAUCCCUGUCUGGAGAAGUCAGGAGUGUUUUGGGAUUGAAAAUCCCUACAGAGGAAAAAUAGGAGCUCCUUGGGGUUGGGAAUCAUCAUCCAAGGAAAUCAGGAACUUCCUGGAAUUGGAAAUCCCUGUCCAAGGAGAGCAGGAGCUUCCCAAGGUCAGAAAUCCCUAUCCAGGGAAAUCAGGAACUCUUUGGGAUUGGGAAUCCCUGUCCAGAGAAAAUGGGAGCUCCUUGGAGUCAGGAAUCCCUAUCCAGAGAAAUUAGGAACAUUUUUGGGAUUGGAAAUCCCUCUCCAGGAAAAGUGGGAGCUUCCCAAGGUCAGAAAGCCCUAUCCAAGGAAAUCAGGAGUUCCUUGGGAUUGGGAAUCCCUGUCCAGGGAAAUCAGGAACCUCCCAGGGUUGGGAAUCCAUGAUGAAAAAAAGGAACUGCUCCUGGUCAGAAAUCCCUGUCCAGGGAAAGCAGGAGCUUUUUGGGAUUGGGAAUCCCUAUCCAGGAAAUCAGGAACUUUUUGGGAUUAGAAAUAUCUAUCCAUACAAAGCAGAGCUUUUUGGGAUUGGGAAUCCCUACAGAGGAAAAAGAGGAGCUCCUUGGGGUCGGGAAUCCCUGUCCAGGGAAAGCAGGAGCCUCCCAGGGUUACAAACCCCUAUCCCUGGAAAACGGGACCUUCUGGGGGUUGGAAAUCCCAAACCAGAGAAGCCGGGAGCGUUCCAGGCUCCAAAAACCCUUUUCCAGGGAAGGUGGGAGCUGCUGGGCUGGGGAAUCCUGGGAAAGCAGCACCACCAGCCCCAUUCCUGCUGCUGAUCCGUGCAAAUCCCCAUUCCCUGAGCGAAGCAGUUCAUGGAUCAGCGGGAUCGGCGCCGCUGGAGCGUGAACAGGGCUGAGCUCAUGGAAUUCCCGGCUCUUCCCGCUUUUCCCAGCCCCUCUGGAAGCAGCAGCCCGAUGGAAAUCCCACCCUACAAACUCCAUUUGGGGCCGUUUUUGGCUGGGCAGGACGGGAUCCAUCCCCUGGAGCGAUCCCACAUUUUCACCUCCUCCUUUUCCCGGUUUUCCUUGGAUUUCUCCCCCAUUUCCCUCCUUUCCCCACCCCCCUCAAUGCUGUAAAUUUCGAACGAGGUGUUAUCCCAAAUAAACUUUUUUUGGAAGGGA